GAGAGCGAGAGAGAGGAAAAGAUGGCGGCGGAACACGAAGCGGUGACGGAUCUGAAUUCUCCCUCCAAAGAUGAGCGCUCCAGUCCAGGAGGAGCACGUGAUCCUGAGAGGACAACGAGGAGCUCAAGCUCUUCAGAGGACAGCGACGGCGAUGGAGACGAGCCCGUGAAGAGCAGAGCUGAAGAGCAUCGUAGCCCUUCUCCAGAGAGAAAACGAGAUGACACGGGUACACAAGCGGAACUAGAUAAGGCACCAAGACGCUCGUCCAGGUCCAGCGGCUCAGACGGCGGCAGCAGCAGUGAGGAGGACAGUGACAAUGCUGUGAUGCACAGGAUGAAGAGCAGCGUGGCACACAUCAAGCGUGAUGCUCAGGACGAGAGCAGCAGACCCAGACGCAGGAGCUCUUCAGCAGACAGGAACGGCAGUGGAAGGUCGUAUUCCCGCUCUCGCUCCAGAUCCCCAUCUCCACAGAGACGUACGGACAGAGCCCGCAGAUCUCAGGAUCGCGAUAGAGACCAGCGUUCUGAUCGGCGCUCCAGCCGUGAGCGAGACGGAGAUCGAGACAGGUCCAGGAUGAGGAGGGGAAGAUCUGCGUCUCCGUCACAGAGACACAAACCCCCAAGUGAUGAGCCUCCAGUUAAAAAGAGGAAAGAGGAGCUUGACCCGAUCCUGACCCGCACCGGAGGAGCGUACAUCCCCCCGGCCAAACUGCGCAUGAUGCUAUCCCAAGUCACCGACAAGAGCAGUCUGGCGCACCAGAGGAUGAGCUGGGAAGCGCUGAAAAAGUCCAUCAACGGUCUCAUCAACAAAGUGAACGUGUCCAACAUCGCCAACAUCAUCCAGGAGCUGCUGCAGGAGAACGUCGUCCGCGGCAGAGGUCUGCUGGCGAGGUCUGUGCUCCAGGCUCAGAGUGCCUCUCCCAUCUUUACCCACGUGUACGCCGCCAUGGUGGCCAUCAUCAACUCCAAGUUCCCUCAGACCGGAGAGCUCAUCCUCAAGAGACUCAUCCUCAACUUCCGCAAAGGCUACAGGAGAAACGACAAACAACAGUGUCUCACUGCCUCCAAGUUUGUGGCUCACCUCAUCAAUCAGAACGUGGCUCAUGAAGUGCUGUGCUUGGAGAUGCUGACUCUGCUCUUGGAGCGGCCCACUGAUGACAGCGUGGAGGUGGCCAUCAGCUUCCUGAAAGAGUGCGGCCUCAAACUCACAGAGGUUUCCCCCCGCGGAAUUAAUGCUAUCUUCGAACGCCUGAGGAACAUCCUGCACGAGUCUGAGAUCGAUAAGCGUGUGCAGUACAUGAUCGAGGUGAUGUUCGCUAUCAGGAAGGACGGCUUUAAGGACCAUCCCAUAAUUCCAGAAGGCUUGGACCUGGUGGAGGAAGAGGACCAGUUCACGCACAUGCUUCCUCUCGAGGACGAAUACAACACCGAGGAUGUGCUCAAUGUCUUCAAGAUGGAUCCUGACUUCCUGGAGAACGAAGAGAAGUACAAGAUGAUUAAGAAGGAAAUUCUGGAUGAGGGGAGCAGUGACUCGGGUGACGAUGCAGAAGGCAGCGAUGAAGAGGAAGAUGAGGAGGAAGACGAAGAUGCAGAAGCCGGAGAAGAUCAAGACACGGUCACCAUUUUCGACAAGACGGAGGUGAACCUGGUUUCGUUUCGCCGCACCAUUUAUCUGGCCAUUCAGUCAAGCCUGGACUUUGAGGAAUGUGCUCACAAGCUGAUCAAGAUGGACUUCCCUGAAGGCCAGACGAAGUUGCUGUGUAACAUGAUCCUGGACUGCUGCGCCCAACAGAGAACCUACGAGAAGUUCUUUGGUCUUCUUGCUGGGAGGUUCUGCUUGUUGAAGAAGGAGUACAUGGAGAGCUUUGAGGCCAUCUUCCAGGAGCAGUACGAAACCAUUCACAGGCUGGAGACCAACAAGCUGCGCAAUGUGGCGAGAAUGUUUGCACACCUCCUCUACACCGACUCCAUCCCCUGGAGUGUUCUAGAGUGCAUGAAAAUGAGCGAGGAGACGACGACGUCCUCCAGCCGUAUUUUUGUCAAGAUCCUCUUCCAGGAGCUGUGCGCCUACAUGGGGCUUCCGAAGCUCAAUGAAAGACUCAAGGACAUGACUCUGCAGGUGUUCUUCGAAGGCCUGUUCCCUCGCGAUAACCCAAGGAACACCAGAUUCGCCAUCAAUUUCUUCACCUCCAUCGGCCUCGGCGGACUCACAGAUGAGCUAAGAGAGCACCUGAAGAACGCGCCAAAGAUGAUCAUGACUCAGAACCAGGAUGUCGAGUCGUCUGACUCUUCCUCCUCCUCGUCCUCAUCAUCAGACUCCUCGUCCUCGGCCAGUGACAGCAGUGACUCAGACUCCUCCAGUGACUCGGAUGACUCGUCCAGCAGCUCCAGUUCUUCAGAUUCAGACUCUGAUGCGAAGCGGAGAAAGGGGUCCCAGCGUGGAAAGAAACAUAAGGAGAAGAGCAAAAGGAGCCAGAGACAAGGCAGAAACCAGGAGGACCGACAAAGACAACAGAACAAAUCACGAAAAGACUCUCCUGAUAAGCUAGAACGUGUGCGAAGGGAUUCACCAAUUGUGCGAGAGCGCGGGCGACGAGACUCCCCGGAUGUGCGAGAGCGCGGGCGACGAGACUCCCCGGAUGUGCGAGAGCGCGGGCGACGAGACUCCCCGGAUGUGCGAGAGCGCGGGCGACGGGACUCCCCGGAUGUGCGAGCGCGCGGGCGACGGGACUCCCCUGACGUGCGAGCGCGUGGGCGACGGGACUCCCCUGACGUGCGAGCGCGCGGGCGACGGGACUCCCCUGACGUGCGAGCGCGCGGGCGACGGGACUCCCCUGACGUGCGAGCGCGCGGGCGACGGGACUCUCCUGACGUGCGCGGGCGACGGGACUCUCCUGACGUGCGAGGGCGGCGGGACUCUCCUGACGUGCGAGGGCGACGGGACUCUCCUGACGUGCGAGGGCGACGGGACUCUCCUGACGUGCGUGGGCGACGGGACUCUCCUGACGUGCGUGGGCGGCGGGACUCUCCUGACGUGCGUGGGCGACGGGACUCUCCUGACGUGCGUGGGCGGCGGGACUCUCCUGACGUGCGAGGGCGGCGGGACUCUCCUGACGUGCGAGGGCGGCGGGACUCUCCUGACGUGCGAGGGCGGCGGGACUCUCCUGACGUGCGAGGGCGGCGGGACUCUCCUGACGUGCGAGGGCGGCGGGACUCUCCUGACGUGCGAGGGCGGCGGGACUCUCCUGACGUGCGAGGGCGGCGGGACUCUCCUGACGUGCGAGGGCGACGGGACUCUCCUGACGUGCGAGGGCGACGGGACUCUCCUGACGUGCGAGGGCGACGGGACUCUCCUGACGUGCGAGGGCGGCGGGACUCUCCUGACGUGCGUGGGCGACGGGACUCUCCUGACGUGCGUGGGCGACGGGACUCUCCUGGCGGGCGACGGGACUCUCCUGGCGUGCGCGGGCGACGGGACUCUCCUGGCGUGCGCGGGCGAAGGGACUCUCCUGGCGUGCGCGGGCGAAGGGACUCUCCUGGCGUGCGCGGGCGGCGGGACUCUCCUGGCGUGCGCGGGCGGCGGGACUCUCCUGGCGUGCGCGGGCGGCGGGACUCUCCUGGCGUGCGCGGGCGACGGGACUCUCCUGGCGUGCGCGGGCGGCGGGACUCUCCUGGCGUGCGCGGGCGGCGGGACUCUCCUGGCGUGCGCGGGCGGCGGGACUCUCCUGGCGUGCGCGGGCGGCGGGACUCUCCUGGCGUGCGCGGGCGGCGGGACUCUCCUGGCGUGCGCGGGCGGCGGGACUCUCCUGACGUGCGCGGGCGGCGGGACUCCCCGGACGUGCGCGGGCGCCGGGACUCCCCGGACGUGCGAGGGCGCCGGGACUCCCCGGACUGGGCAGAACGUAAGGACCAGAGAUAUAAAAACAGAGAGAAUGAGAAUGACUGGCACAAAAUCAAGGACACCAAAAGUGACUUGCAGAGAGACAGAGAGCGCCGGCGCAGCCGAGAGAGGUCAAAGUCAAAAUCGCACGAGAGAAGCAGCAAGGACGUGUCUUCCAGAGACUUGUACAAGAAUGGAAUGGAGCGAGAGGACAAGGAAAACCGGUACAGGGAGUCCAGGAGGAGAGAGGACAGGAGUGUCGAGAGGUCGCCCAGGAGACGCAGAUAGCCCACAGCACGAGAGACAUCAAUACAUCAGUUAUUGCGUCGCAACCUUCACUUCAGACCACUGAAAAUGCAGCGUUUCUGGACAAAUUAGCAGUGCAUUGUGGGAAAUCGGAGCAGUUUUAGAUUCCCUCUGGACUGUAGGAAAGUGAGCAAAGUGUUUGUCCCCUGGAGGAUAUUUUGUAUUUUGAUUUCCCUAAAAGUGUUUUGUGUUUUAUAUGAUCAUUAAAAUAAUCGAUUAAA